AUGAUGAUGCGCCGUGUGAUGUGUGUGUUGGCCGUUGUGCUGUGCUGCACCUGCGGGUAUACCAUGACGGCUGCUGCUGCUGAUUGGAGUGAUUUUCUUGGAACAGCAGCCUGUAAUUCUACAUUAAGUCAAAGUGAAAAAACUGCUGGUGGAGUAAGUUGUGCGAAUUGGACUUCUCAUGGGUUUGUUAAAGGAGUAUCGGAACGCUCCAGUGAAUUAACCUCAAACCGUCAAGUAAAAGGGAAGGCAGAAGAGAAAAAAUUGGAAGAACAGAAAGAUCCACAAGAGCUACAUGAAGUUGAUUCUUCACUGCACGUAGGAAAGCAAGAGGGGAAGCUGGGGAAUCAAUCGAAAGGGGCUGAAGUGGAUGCACGUGUUUCUCAAUCAAGCUUGAGCGAUCCAGCACCGACAUCUUCCGGUAUACUUGCGGGUUCUGGGGCACAAGAUGGUGGUCAUACUCACGUGGAGGAAGUACGUGAACCGGAACCAACAGAAUCUUCGAAAAUAUCUCGUAACGUUGAGGUGCCUCAAGGUGAUCCAAGAGCACCGAGUAACACAUCUGAUAACAGUACACCUGCCGACCUUAAUCUUACCCAGCAAUCUCCAGAAGCUGUAAAUGCGACUGCUGCAUCAAACUCACAAGAAACCAAUUCCACUACUCCACAGAGCCCUGAGAGCAACGUCACUGAUGCACCAACCACCACUCCAUCUUCAUCUUCUGUACCCAAUUCAGAUAUCAACACCAUCACUUCCACCGUACUGAAGAAGGCUAAUGUUGACAGCAGUGUCAGUUCAGCGUGGAUGCGCACUGCAGCACCGCUGCUGAUUGUGGCUGUGUUGUUCUCCGCUACCGUGUACUGA